UUCAAGACAAUUGCACAAAGAAUAGAGGAAAUCGACAUUAAUGUGUACCGAAGGCUUGACCCUUUGAUAGCUGAACCUUCUGAAGGCUCCUCCUUCUUUCGCGACACUCUUGUGCAAUAUAGGGAGUUGAACACCGCAGAGGAUUUUAUAGCUGUUUAUGAGGAAUUGUUACCUUUAGUUCAAACUCUUCCUCAAAUUAUUUUGCAAAAGGAUUUUAUACUUUCGAGCCUUUUGUCUAGAAUGACAAUGGAAGCGAGGUUAUCACAAGAACCUAUAUUGAGGUUAAUUGCUGCUUUAUCAAGAGAUUUACUGGAGGAUUUCAUACCCUUUCUUCAAAGAAUUGCUGAUUCCUUUGGCGCUCUUCUUGAAAGUGGUGCUGACAGGGACCCUGAGAUAAUUGAGCAGAUAUUUACGUCAUGGUCAUAUAUCAUGAUGUACCUGCAGAAGUAUCUUAUGAAGGAUGUUGGAUAUGUUCUAAG